GGUGAAACCCUAAACAAUAAUGGGUGAUGACAAUAUUAAUCAAAUGGGAACUACUAGUUCAUCGUCAAUGAUGAAUAAUUGUGAGAUUAUUGAUUGGGAUGGGCUAUUUUCUAGUUCUUGUUUGAGUAAUAACAAUUUGGAGAUGGUAGAGAAGGGAAUUUGUGGAAGUGAGGAUGAUAAUAAUUAUUAUCCAAUGGGAGAUAGUAAUUAUGAUAAUUAUAAUAAUAAUGUUGUUAUUGGAGGAGUAAAAGAGGGUGAUAUUGUUAUUAGUGGAGGGAAUAAUCAUAAUAACAACAAUAAUAUUAAGUAUAAAGGGAGAAUGGUGAUGGGUAAAAGAAGAAGUGCAAUGGCUUCUCCAAGAAUUGCUUUUCAAACAAGAAGUGUUGAGGAUGUUCUUGAUGAUGGCUAUAGAUGGAGGAAAUAUGGUCAGAAGGCUGUCAAACAUAGCAACCAUCCUAGGAGCUAUUACAGGUGUACACAUCACACAUGCAAUGUUAAGAAACAAAUUCAAAGGCAUUCAAAGGAUCCAACAAUAGUUGUUACAACAUAUGAAGGGAUUCACAAUCAUCCAUCUGAGAAAUUAAUGGAAACUCUAACCCCUCUUCUCAAGCAAUUGCAAUUCCUUUCAGGCAUUUAGAAUUUAAUUCCUUUUCAAUUUUCAUCAACUUUUUUGCUGUGUAUGUAUUUCUGCUCAAUCUUUCUUCUCCAAUGCCACUGGAAAACCCUACUAGUGUUAAGGUGUGGGAAAGCAAUCACUUUCUUCUCUGAUUAAUGGCCUCUAAAGCCUGUUUGUUUGUAAUGUACACAUUGAAAUUAUAAAAACAAUGUUAACUUUUUUUCUUUUUCUGUUA